AUGAACAACUUGGUGGUCCUACGGGUGCUAAAUGUACAACCAAGGCAAGAGGAACACAAGGAACAACAUGCUAACAUCUUCUACAUGAAGUGUAAGGUGUUAACCAAAACUUGCUUGGUAAUCAACGAUGGAGGAAGUUGCACCAACGUGAUUAGUGACAAGCUAGUCUCCAAGUUGAAACUUCAAGAGUUGAAACAUCCAAGCCCUUACCGGCUACAAUGGUUGGGAGAUAGUGGGGAUCUCAAGGUCACUACACGAGUCACGGUCCCAAUGAAAGUGGGCGAGUUCGAGGAGGAAGUGCUUUGUGAUGUCAUUCCAAUGUCCGCUUGCCACAUACUACUUGGCCGGCCUUUGGAAUACGACAACAAGGUGAUGAAGGAUGGCUACACCAAUGAGUACUCAUUUGUCUACUAUGGAAAAAAGAUUCGAUUGAAGCCUUUGACUCCUAAUGAGAUUUUUGAAGCCCAUAAGCAUUUGAGCAAGGAGCAUGAGAGGGAAAAAAGGCUUGAGAGAGAUUGUGAGGUAAAAAAGCCAAGUGAGUGUGGGGUUGGUGAGAGAAAGUCCAAAGAAAAAAUGAGUGCUCCCCGUUCCACUUCCGAGAGAAGAGAGUGUCUCUUGGCUACUAAAUCCGAGCUUGGGUGGGCACUAAAGAGCCAAUCUCCUUUACUCAUUGCCAUUCUAAGGCAAAUUUGUUUGACUAAUACUAACCUUGAGGAAAUUCCAAAAGCUAUUCAAAUUGUUUUGCAGGAAUUUGAAGAUGUGUUCCCGGAAGAGCUUUCCAAUGAGCUACCACCAAUUAGGGGAAUUGAACAUCAAAUGGAUUUCUUGCCGGGGGCGUCUUUACCGAAUCGGCCCGCCUAG